AUGCCUAGGCUCGCGAUUAUCAUUAUAGCCCUUUUAGUAACCAUCCUGGUGCGAAGACUACACCAGAUUCUGACCUUGCGAGAGCUUGAACGACUUCAUGGCUGCGAGCAGCCGCCCAACGAGAAAGACCGGUUUCGAUAUGACAUCCUUGGGAUCGCCAAAGCGAUUGAACUGGCUUUCUAUUUCCGACGUCGCAGCUCCCUCGCAUAUACCAAUGCUUUGUUCGAGAAGUACGGGGAGACAUAUACGUCCAAUGUUCUCGGUUACCGACUCAUCUUGACUUGCAAUGCAGAAAAUACCAAAUGUCUGCUAUCCACGGCGUUCGCCGAUUUCGAUAGUUCGCCAUUGCGAAAACCCCUAUUUGAACCUAUCACCCCUCAUGGCAUAUUCACUCUUGACGGUGCCGGCUGGAAGAAAAGCCGCAAUAAGCUACGCAGUCGGCUAUCCGACCUUCGCAAGAUAAUUGACCUAAGCCUCUGUGAACAGCACUUCCAGGCCUUCCUUCGACAUGUCCCAUCCAAUGGCAAGGCCUUCAAUGUUCAAACAUGCGUUUUUAAUCUUGUUUUGGAUAUGCAGACCUUGUUCUCUCUCGGCGUGUCGGUGGAUACCCUCGGCCUUUCCCAACCCUUGGAAAAGAAGCAAUUUGUAGCGGACCUGCUCUAUAUUAAGGAAAAGAUUGUGGAGGAUGGCUUCCGUGGCCCGCUUCGUUAUUUAUAUUCUAAACAACGCUUUGUCCAUUCCUGCAGGAGGGCACGGGAAUAUGUGAUGUCCCAUGCCACUCAGAAUGAGAAAGACGAAGAUUUGAACAGGGAGACUGACCAGGCCCUGAGCAUUCUCCUUGCAAAUGAUAGUAUGGGCACGGCUCUCUCAGCGCUUUUCUACUGCCUAUCUCAGGAUGACCGAGUUGUCGACAAGCUGAGAGCAAGCAUCAUUGACACCAUUGGAUUGAAUCCCCCGACUUGGGGGCAACUUGGAUCUCUGGACUAUAUUCGUUGUGUACUCCAGGAAGUCCCCAAAGUCAUGAGACUCUAUCCUGCAGUUGUACUCAAUGCAAGAGUAGCGAACAAGAAUGUCACAUUGCCAACAGGUGGCGGGGCGCAUGGCAUUUCGCCUAUCUUGGCUCGAAAGGGAGAGAUCGUGGUCUUUUCCACCUGGGCUAGACAUCGCCUCGGGAGGGACUUUGGGGAGAAUCCAGAGCACUUUCAUCCUGAAAGGUGGGAGCAACUCAAUGCAGAUAUGCCUGGCUUUAUCCCGUUUAACAAAGGACCUAGGUCUUGCCCUGGUCGUAAGCCUUUCUCUCAAGUCACCGAUGAUUUUGCUGUAGUUGGCUAA